GUUCCUUGAAAACCGCACUGGAGAUCGCCUCAUAUUCAGAAGUUGGAGAUGACAUCCUAAUUUGUGGCGUGUUGUGCGAAGUUGCAGUUCAAUGGCAGGAACUAAUUCCAAGCUGCGAAAGCCAGUUUCGACGCUUUCGAUCCCCGGCGCAAUGAAAGCGUACUCCAGCGGAAGGGAUGCUUCUACGGAGGAGGCUGGUGUUGCACUCGUAGGAGUUCACAGCGAGUACCCGAGGUUCGGUGAGGAGAGGGCAUUGGGCGGCGGCACUUACAAGGGCGGAGGGACUGCGAAACAUAAGCCUAAUAUAGGAUAUAGAUUAGGAAGAAGAAAGGCUCUAUUUGAAAAAAGAAAACGGAUCAGUGACUAUGCAUUAGUAAUGGGGAUGUUUGGAAUAAUCGUAAUGGUAAUAGAAAAUGAAUUGUCUAGUGCAGGUGUUUAUAGUAAGGCGUCAAUAUAUUCUCAAGCACUCAAGACUUUAAUAUCAAUGUCAACUGUGAUUUUGUUGGGCCUAAUCGUCGCGUACCACGCAUUAGAAGUACAGUUAUUUAUGAUAGACAACUGCGCCGAUGAUUGGCGGAUAGCGAUGACGUGGCAAAGGAUAGCCCAAAUAGGGCUUGAGUUGACCAUUUGCGCAGUACAUCCCAUCCCAGGACAAUAUACAUUCACGUGGACCACCAAACUCGCCAAUAAAGGAGGUGUUAUAGGCGUUGAAGUAGAAGCACUGUACAAGCAAGUUCAGGUACCCUACGAUGUAACGCUGUCACUUCCUAUGUUUUUUAGAUUAUACUUAAUAUGCAGGGUUAUGCUUCUUCAUAGCAAAUUAUUCACUGACGCCUCGUCUAGAAGUAUAGGAGCAUUAAAUCGAAUUAAUUUCAACACAAGGUUUGUGUUGAAAACAUUAAUGACUAUUUGUCCUGGCACAGUCUUGCUUGUGUUCAUGGUAUCCUUAUGGAUAAUUGCAAGCUGGACACUUCGACAGUGUGAAAGGUUUCACGAUGAAGAACACGCAAACCUACUCAAUGCGAUGUGGCUUAUCGCAAUAACAUUUCUCUCCGUUGGUUUUGGUGACAUUGUGCCAAACACAUAUUGUGGCAGAGGUAUUGCUGUUAGCACCGGUAUUAUGGGGGCAGGAUGUACAGCAUUAUUAGUGACAGUCGCUUCAAGAAAGUUAGAGUUAACUAGAGCGGAGAAGCAUGUCCAUAACUUCAUGAUGGAAACACAACUCACUAAAAAGCUCAAAAACGCAGCAGCCAAUGUCUUACGAGAGACUUGGUUGAUUUACAAACACACAAGGCUCGUUAAAAGAGUACACCCGGGAAGAGUAAGGACUCAUCAAAGAAAGUUUUUGUUAGCCAUUUACGCGCUUAGAAAGGUUAAAAUGGAUCAAAGAAAACUUAUGGACAACGCAAACACAAUCACUGAUAUGGCGAAGGACCCCUUUUUGUUGCAGACCCAGAACACAGUAUAUGAGAUUGUGUCCGAUAUGAGCACAAGACAGGACAGCAUAGAAGAGAGGCUGACUAGUUUAGAAGAAAAAAUGACAACUCUGCAGGAACAACUGAAUAGUCUGCCAGAUGUAAUGGCAAGGUGCUUACAGCAAUGUUGGGAGAGGACAGAGCAAAGAAGAAAUUUUCUUCAUCCAGAUACUGCAGCCGCACCCACUCCACCACCGCCAAAUAUUACUCCAUAUGCCAGAACAGUGCCAACUGUGCCACACCUUUGGCCAACGAGUCCAAUUCUGCAGCCUUCAGCCCGUGCUCACUCAGCCCCAGAAAGUGCAAGCGCACCUUCACCCUCUCCGGCUCCCCCUCCAGUGAGCCCUCACCCACUACCUCGCCAACUGCCUAGCUGAGUGCCGCCUUCCAACUCCGAACUGCUCUGCUGAACAUGAAACUCGGCGCCCCCUUGACCAUAAACAAAAGUAAUCGGGUAAACUAUUUCACGUUGCGUUUCGAUGACUUUACAAUUGUAAUUCUUAAAUGUGUUCAUAGGGUUGACUUGUUGCUAAUCGUACUUUGAGAGUAGGUCGUUAUUUAAUCCAAAGUAGUUAGAAUCUUAAAAAGAAAGUGUAGUCCUUGAUGUUAAGUAGUAGUGCCAACAGUAACUAACGUGUUAUUGCCACUGACCUGUAUAAAUACCACUGGACAGACUGUUCCAUAUGUUUGAGAGCAAAUUUUUCGUGCCUAUUUGAAGCGUCACUCGCGAGCGUCCAGAGAAAUAAUUUUGACGUAUAUUACAAAUGGCUGCGAAGGAACGUACAAUUUCUCUCUGAAGUAUUUUUACAUUUUGAAUUAAUUUCGUUCGUUUUCCGCGUUAUUUAUACUUUAAGAAUCAACGUUAUAAAGUACACAUUUUUUUUGUAAAUAGUUUCACACCAUCUAUGUUGUUCACUAGGUUGUCAUCACUAGUUUUACUACCGCAGACUCUCGCUACAUGGCCAACAGCGCCAAAAUGUCGAAUAUCAAACAGGCACAAAAGCACAUUGACAGCAAACAGUCCAGUGGUUUAUAGUAGAGGUCAGUGGUUAAUGAAGAUUGACUAAUGAAAACACCAAGAGUUCUAAUGCAUUACAGAUUAGUUAUUAUAAUUUUAACGACUUACCCUCAUAAGACAAAGCAAAAGCCCAUCCCCUCUAAGUGCUAAAUGAAAUUUGUGAAAUAUUUAUCCCGUAAAGGUCAAGAUUAGGCUUGCCGUGGAUUUCAGUGUUCCAAAGUUUCGGGAGUGAAGGACUGAUUUAAUUAAUAGAUAGUGAACGGACAUUUACUUGAAUAAAGACGCACUAGAUUUAAAAGUAUUUUGAUUAUCAUGUGUAUAAUAAUAUAACACUGUAAUUUUUGAUAAUGAAGAACCAAUGUUAAUAAUAAUUUUAUAAACUUAAUACCUUUUAUUACUGUUUAUUGUAAUAGCUAACUGUUAUUAAACUAUUAUAUCACCCAACAAAAUUU